AUGCCAGAAGUCGUCCCGAGUAAAGUUAUUAGUUUUACAAGUGAAGACAAGGCAUUUCCUGCAUCCAACCUUCUGAAAGGGUCAUCAUUCUCGAAAUGGCGUUGUCUCAGCGGUGGAUCGAAACAAGAAGCAGUUGAACUCAGUUUUUCCGAACCUAUUGAAAUUUCACGCAUUGACAUUGGAAAUAAUGGUUCUGCCUUCAUCGAAGUGUUAGUGAGAAGAUCUGCUGCAUCAGAAAACCCAUCGGUACUUCUCCCAUCUUCUUCUUUUAUGUCCCCAGUAGAUGCAAAAAAUGAAACAAAUCUUAAUCGUGUUCGCGUGUUUAGUGGAGAUCAGUUUACAAAAUCAGUUGCUAGUCAAAAAUGGGACAUUGUGAAAUUUGUCUGCUCUCAACCAUUUAACAAAACUUUGCAAUAUGGUAUUUCUUUUGUUUUCUUUCAUAGUCCGGCUAACACAAAUUCUAUAACUGAUAAUAAAGAGAUUAAAGUUGAUAGUAUAUUCAACAAUGAAGAUGCGGAUUCACCUCAAUUCAAACCAGGUUCACUGUUUCAAGCCUCCCGUCAAACAUCUUGCAGUCAAGAAGAUUCAGAAGCCAAAUCUUCAGUUUCAGGUAAACUGAUUGCAGUUAAACAUUCUACUAAUAUAACUGCCAAUAUAAAUACCUCGAAUCCAGUUCAUUUGAAUCGACCAAACCAUACACCAAAGACCAGUAACAGUCUUCAUCUACCACAGCCGCCACCUUCUUCUAGUCGGACAGAUACAAAACGUAGCCAACAGCCUCUAUGUAUAUCAAAUGAUGCCACGGCAUCAAAAGCACCAAAACCAUCCCAUUCUUCAUCUCAAAAACCUUUAUCAAAUGUUAUCUUUACCUUGAGUGGUUAUCAGAAUCCUUUAAGAAGCCAAAUCAGAGACAAAGCUAUAGAACUUGGUGCCAAAUAUAGACAAGACUGGGGCCCAGAUUGUACGCAUUUAAUAUGUGCAUUUCCGAAUACUCCAAAAUUCAAUAUAGUUAAAGGAAAAGGUAUAAUUGUCUCUGAUAAAUGGAUCACUCAAUGCUAUGAAACUAAAAGCAGUACACCUUGGCGUAGUUAUCGAGUUGGACGUGCUCCGAGUCCGCCAGAUACUACACCUUUACAAUCUGCUUCUAAUGAAUCCGAGGAUAAUGAAAGUCAGUCAUCUCCAUCACGAUCAACAGAGUGUGAAGCAGCAACCAGUCUAAGAAUAAGAGGCAAAAGAAAUGCCGGAGAUGAUAUGGAUUGGGAGCCAAAUUCUUCUGAUGAGAAUCAAGAUGAUGAUGACGAUGAAGUAGUGGAAUGGGAUGAAGAAGAGGAAGGUAAUGAUGAAGAGGAUUCGUCUGAUGAAUUUAAUGGUCGGAAAAAGCGUAGGAGGAUAACUGGAAACAUAUCUACCAAAAGGCAUCGUUCUACAGUAAAUAAAGGUCCUAAAACAAAAGGAGCUGUGACGAGUACUGUUCCCGUUAAUAAUCCAGAAGAAGAAGAUACAGAUGAUGAGAUUCAAAGAGUCUUGACAACAAGUCGUAGCCAAUUAGCCGAUAGCGAUGAUGAUGACAAUGAAAAUAUUCUACAAUCAUCUGUGAAAAGCCUUCCAGACAUAUUUAUGGAUAAACAUUUCUUUAUUCAUAAUAAAUCAAUUCCUAAGGAUGAAGAACGUUUACUUGAACGGUUGAUUGUUGCAUUUGCUGGCAACUUACAUCAGUAUAUGAGUAAUGAAGUUCAAUAUGUGAUUACACGUUCAGAUUGGGAUUCUGAAUUCGAUACCGCAUUAUCCUCCAAUGGAAAUUUGCUAUUCAUUCGACCAGAAUGGAUUUUUGCUUGUGAUCAGCAUGGUGAAUGGAUGGCGUAUGAAUCAUAUCAAGUUAAAUUAGGUGAACAUUAG